UGAGCUCUGCCUCCUUCCAUUUCACUGCAGCGAUGAAAGCAGAUGAAGACGAAAAAAAAGAAAGAAGACGACACAAGCCCGUGGAUGAGCUAUAAAACCGUGUGUUGGUGCUGAGGUAUUCUUUUGUCGGUCACUAGCCCAGUGAGGUCGAAGCUCUCCGGUGGUUGAGUAGAAGAUAUCCGUGUCAGAGGGGAGACCCGUGCAAGCUAAGCUAGGCGGAGGAGGGGUUCGUCGGCCCACUGCAGUCUGAUUCACCGGAGACUCGCCCCACCGCCGGUUCAUCGUCGACGUCGUUGGCCCGUCGACGGACGCAGAAAGCGACGGGACCCGAGCCCUUGUUUGUCCCUCUGCCGCAGCCCCGAGGUGCGCUGCUUGGCAGAGCAUGCUAAAUAAUGAGCCAAAGGGACACACUGGUUCAUUUGUUCGCUGGAGGAUGUGGAGGUACAGUGGGUGCUAUUUUGACUUGUCCUCUGGAGGUGGUGAAAACCAGACUGCAGUCCUCCUCCAUCACCCUCUACAUCUCUGAGGUCCAGCUCAGCACCGUCAAUGGAGCCAGUGUAGCCCGUGUCGCUCCUCCAGGGCCUCUGCACUGUCUCAAGUUGAUUCUCGAGAGAGAAGGACCUCGUUCACUCUUCAGAGGACUGGGACCCAACCUCGUAGGUGUGGCACCUUCCAGGGCGAUCUACUUUGCGGCCUAUUCAACAGCCAAGGAGAAGCUGAAUGGGGUCCUGGAGCCAGACUCUACCCAGGUGCACAUGGUGUCAGCUGCGAUGGCAGGGUUCACCGCCAUCACAGCCACCAAUCCCAUCUGGCUGAUUAAGACGCGUUUGCAGCUGGAUGCCAGGAACCGGGGUGAGCGGCAAAUGAACGCAUUUGAGUGCGUGCGGCGGGUGUACCAGAUGGACGGCCUGCGAGGUUUUUACAGGGGUAUGUCGGCCUCGUAUGCCGGCAUCUCUGAGACUGUUAUCCACUUCGUCAUCUACGAGAGCAUCAAGCGUAGACUGCUGGAGUACAAGGCUCGCACCAGCAUGGACGAAGAGGAUGAGUCGGUCAAAGAUGCCUCGGACUUCGUGGGCAUGAUGCUCGCAGCAGCCACCUCGAAGACCUGUGCCACCUCCAUAGCCUACCCUCACGAAGUGAUACGAACGCGGCUACGAGAAGAGGGAAGCAAGUAUCGCUCCUUCUUCCAAACUCUGCUCACGGUACCCAGGGAGGAGGGAUACCGGGCGCUGUACCGCGGCCUAACCACCCACCUAGUCAGACAAAUCCCCAACACCGCCAUCAUGAUGUGUACCUAUGAAGUGGUGGUCUACCUGCUUGGCCGUUAGCCACCAGGCAAACGUGUCCUUCCUGUUUAAAGAGGGAGACGGCUGAGCAAAUGACUGAGAAGGAUGCCCCUUGGCAAGUGGGCAUGAAAUGUCAAAAUGAAGACCAAAGGAAAACUGAAGAUACACUUGUGGACCAGGAGAGGACAAAUGGAAAUCAAAUGAAGACAAAAGAAGAAAAUAAACAAAUGUGUUAUCAUAUCAGCAUCACCACCCCCAGUUCACUUAAUGAGGCUGCUGGAACAGAUGGAGGCAAUUAUAGGUCACAGAACAGGUAAUAAUGGUGGGACAAGAGAGGAGGCACUGACAGGAAAGAUGCAGAAAACACAAGGUAUCUCUGCAGGACAAGAUCUUUGAGCACAUUUCAGUGGCCUUAACAGAAAGUGUUUUAGUUUGCAUCCUUGUCUUUGUGUGCAGGGUAAAAAACAAUCCUCACUUUCAUAGAGAUGAUAAUGUGAAUGGGGGGGGGGGGGGGCAAAGAGAACUUGAGCAUUGGUAACUAGCCCUUGUUUCAGUGCUGUACGACUACUGUAUGAUUAGAGAGCUGGCAAAUGAGGAAUGUUCAUUUAAGGUCGAAUGUGAGAAACUGUGACAUCACCUAAACCCACCCAUCUUUGCACUACAGAAAGUGUGGCGUCAAGCAUUCCCCUCUGUAACCUCCGACACCGACACUACACCACCCCGCCCCAUCCACCCCACCGCUUGUGAUGUCCUCAGAAUCUAGAUAGUGUUUAUGAAGAGUAGCUUGAAAAGCUGACUUUCAUUGCACGUUCGAUUCCUCUGUAGUUCAGCCUGGCGGUGACGUGGUUUGGCAGGAGUUGGCCUGCGGCCUCGACAGUUCGUCAUCACUGAAAAGAGAUUAAUUGUGUCCUUUCUGAGAUGUGGAGUGUGUGAAUGUUGGAAAAAAGGUACCGAGACUAAGUAAAUACCAUCGGAGUACUUGAAUAUAAUGUGACAUUCAACGUGAUAGUCUACGUUCAGAGAGAGAGAGAGAGAGAGAGAGAGAGUCGUGCUUGUCUUUGUGCAACUGCAGUCAUGUGUGCAUGUAUAAUAAAUAUCUACUCCAGAUUUCCCUCCUCUAACUAUUAAUCUUGCAAGACACUGAGUGAGUGUGGAGAAGCUCCCGUAGGAUACUGGGAGCUUUGACUCCCACUCGCCUGCCAGUCUUUCCUUCCAGUGGCUUCCAUCUGACCUGAUAACGUGCACUUUUGUGGCCUUUUAGGGCUUGUGCUUUGCUUUUUAUUGUGUGGACAGUUUAAACGUGUACAUUUUAAAAGAAGAAAAAAAGUAUUACUGUAUAUCAAAAUGGUAUUUUGCUCAACUGUUCUUAUAGCAGAUAUAUUUUACAGUUUAGAGUUCUCAGUAGUUGUGAAGGAUGUCAAAAUGUGUUUAUAUAUUAUAGAUAAUGUAUAUAACAUUAUUUGUUGUUUAUUUUUUUUCUUGGGCCUAUGUUUGAUCAUGCUCUAGUUUGCCUUUGCAAAUGAUUUAAAAUUUUUGUGCAAUUUAACCUUGUUUUGACAUGGACUGUUGACAUGAUUAUUGAAAUCGCUUCACUGAUUUUCCCCCCCUCAAAAGUUCAUUUUUGUUUUUGUUUGUUUUUCUGCACUUGUAUGUUGCUGUAAGCUGCAAACAGUGGUGCGCACAACAAAGCUAAGAGAAGCUCCAGCACAAAUACUCAUGUAAGCAUUUGUGCUGGAGCGUUGAUUCUUUUCUUUUUUUUUUAGAUUUUAGUUUUUUUACAGCGUUCAUAAAGUGUUCCAUUUUCAAGGUUUGGAUGUUUCUGUCAUUCGUGAUGUUUACAAUGUUUUAUAGUGUCUGUCAUAUUUUUUGGGGCUCUCCUAGCAACAUGUCUUGAGUAUCUAGAUGGUAGUGUUUGAAUGUGAGAGUUCAAGAGCUGGAAUCUCUGCUAAGUACCACAGCGAGUGGGGAUUGUUAAAAAACGCGUGAACCAGAAAUUGCCAAACCUGCUACCGAAGGGGGUUGUUGGUAAGAGAUAGUAAAUAUAGCCCAUUACACUUUAAAAAGUUCACAUAAUAUAGAAUUUAACCCUGCAUUUUUUUCCAAAAUGUAUCCAAGCACCUUAUAAAAUUUGAUCUUAGAAAUCUGACAAUGCCGGUCCCUGAUUAUGAUUGGCUGAGACACGUCAAAGUCAUACUGUUUUAAAAUCACCAUUGCCUUUUGGGGCCCACUGAGUCAUUGAAUACAUUUUGUCCUGUUUAUUAUCAGAAUGUCCUAUUUACAUGAGGUUUAAAAUCACGUGGAGGGAUUUUAAAUGUCAAUGUCUCAGUGCAAACUCAAUCUUAUGAAAAUGAUCAAAUUCACAGUUUCUAUGUUUAAAAAAAACUAGGUUAUUGUAUUUAUUUCACCAACUACAGUAAACAUGGACGUUCUUGAACACUCUCAUCCCCCCUUGCUGGAGUAUUAUUAUUCAGAGGCAAACUGAGGUGCUGUAGCUUGUAAUAGUUAUUAUAGUUAUAGUUAGUUAUUUCUUUCCCUUCUCCAGUGACAUGUUGCUAGCCCUUAGUUGAUGUUGGUGCUUUAAAAACAAUUGCUGACUCACUUUAACGUCCAUGCUUUCCUAUAAAACACUAAUAGCUUUUUAUGUCUUUGGCUGCAUUGCACUAACAAUUGAGGUCAACUUACCAAAAUGUGACAUGAACAGACAACUGGACAAACAGUGCACACAUUUCAAUCAUGUUUUAUUUUUAUUUUUUUUUACCUCAUUUCAGUGUCUGUAUGCAACUCAGUCUCUUUAGGCUGUGUGCUUGGACAGGAUUCAGCCUCAAGCAGAGUCAAAUGAAACCUUGAAAAAAUUGUUUUUGCCAGCUCAGUUGUUGAUGUGUUUUUGUUUGUUUUCGAAGACAAAACUGAAUAAAAUCCAUUUUCAACAACA